AACGCCGGUGCUCACAGACGUGUCCAGAGCGUCUCCACACCGACUCUAGACCCUGUCCGGUUGACAGCUGUUGUCAAGGCACCCAGAAGAGCCCGGAAGAGAGCAGAAGGCACAGCCAGUUCCAACGUCUUCUCAAUGUUUGACCAGUCCCAGAUCCAGGAGUUUAAAGAGGCUUUCACUAUCAUGGACCAGAACCGGGAUGGCUUCAUCGACAAGGAAGACCUGAGGGACACCUUUGCCGCACUGGGCCGCAUAAAUGUCAAGAACGAGGAGCUGGAGGCCAUGGUGAAGGAAGCUCCAGGGCCCAUCAACUUCACGGUCUUCCUGACCAUGUUUGGGGAGAAGCUCAAGGGCACGGACCCAGAAGAGACCAUACUGCAUGCCUUCAAGGUGUUUGACACUGAAGGAAAAGGCGUCGUCAAGGCCGACUUCAUUAAAGAGAAGCUUAUGACCCAGGCUGACCGGUUCAGUGAGGAGGAGGUCAAGCAGAUGUUUGCAGCUUUCCCUCCUGAUGUCUGUGGCAACUUAGACUACAGGAAUCUGUGCUAUGUCAUCACACACGGCGAGGAGAAGGACUAGAAGACGUGCCUCCUCCACACCUGGAGUCAGCCAAGACUGGCCGGGAAACAGUCUCCAUCACCCCAGCCCAGCCCCGGAGUCUGGGGCUGGAGUGGGAAUAAAUAACACAGAGAUGUA